UCUGUGUAUAAAUAGGAUGGAAUCAAGAUAAUUGUCAACUUAAUUGUGUUUGUUAUUUGACCGAGUAACUUGAUUGUUUAGUUUUGUCCGAUUUUCUUAAUUUUUUUGAUUUCUUUUCAAUAUGAGUGAGUUGAUUAAGAUUGAAAGUUCAUCGAGUGAUUUGAAAACUGAUUCGAGCUCAUUAACUCAAGAUGAUAAUGUUGACCAAGUUGAAACUGUUCAUGAUGAUAAAGUAACUGAUCUAACCGAGGGUGGGGAUAAAGUGCCCGUUAAAACUUCGAGUGCUGGACGAUUGGUCGUUCGUGAAUAUGGCGACAUUAAAAUCUCGGCCAUGAAUUUGAACUAUGUUUUCGAUACUUAUACGAAUUUCGAUAAGCCCAAGUUGAUCGGUUGUUUUUCGUGUCAACUUAAUGAAGAUGGAAAUUCGGAAACUUAUCAUGGCGAUAAAUCAUCUUUAAGGUAUUGUUGUUUCGAUCGAUUUGAAGAUUAUAUUGACAUUGAUCUUUUGGAAAGUUAUUCGAGAACCACUUUGAUCGGUCGUGUUCCUGUCACCGAAAUUCAUGUGUUACGAUGGAUCAUCGAUAAUAGUGAGUCUCUUGCAGAGAAUCAAGAGACUGGUUCGAUUGCUGAUUUUAUCUUUCAUUCGAGAGUAAUAAGAUCGAUCAUGGCUACACCUUUUAUUCCGAAAGACGAUUGGACUCUUAUCGCUGUUAAGGUUCGAGGGUCAAUUAUACUCGCUGAAUUGGACACUGAGCAGAGACGAAAUGAUGUAAAAUAUCAAAUUGAAGAUCGGCUUAAGGGUUCAUAUGCUGGCUACAAAUUUUUGGAAAAGCUAACCCGUUAUCCCGAUGGUAGUCGAGCUUCGACCGCUUUUAAUGGUGCUCGCGAUUCAUUUUACACGGUCACUCGAUCUAAGGUUGGAGGUCACUCUCUUCUCUAUUCCAAUCGAGUUGAUUGUAUUGUUGAUGAGAAUCAAUUUGAGAAACCACUUGAACAAAUGAAAUUCGCUCAGAUUAAAACUCGUGGUCACAAUUGGAACGACAAUAAAAACACUCGUCGGCGUUUCUAUCAGAAUCGUAUAAUCGGCUGGUGGACCGAAGCUCUAAUCUCGGGAAUUGACACCAUCAUUUGUGGCGAUAAACGGCCAAACAAUACCGUUCAAAAAGUGUCUCAAAUUCAGGCCAAUUCUUUACUCCAAAGGAGCAAUCAGUGGUCACCAUCGACUUGCGUUCAGUUUCUCGAAAAAACUUUGACCUUUAUCAAAGAAAUGGUCACUGAGGAACUGACCGUAUACAAGAUCAUCUGCGAUCCACACACCGGGAUUAAGGCUCGAAAACUAAGCGACCCAGUUGACAAACACAUUCCCUCCUGGUACAUUAAUGGACAAUCACCAAAUGACCAAUAAAAUUUUUCGAUCCUCCGAUUGAUCUAAUUGCCAAAAUUCAAUCUUGAAAUUUACCUUUAAUUAUGACUUGUUAAUGUUUUCUCAUUUCUUUGUAAAUCAAUGUCAACCUUAAUUGCUCUUAAUUAAACCUAUGCAAGAAUAAUAUGAAAUUAGAAUUUCUCAAUUUAAUCAACCUUGACAACUUUUAAUUACUUUAAUCAAGUGACUUGAUUCAAGUCAAUGCCAAUCUAAUCAAAGUAACGGUUUUUUAUUAUCAUUUCUCAGAAAUGAUCAAGUUGAUUUCUAAAUUUUUUUUAUAACAUUACUAAACCUAUGGUCUAAUCAAUUAAUUGCUAAUUAAUUUUUUCCCACGUUUAACAAUUUAAACCUUUGGUCUAUUGGAUAAUUGGUUAUGAGGUAAAUCACCAACUGA